AUGCCCUCCCUCCCCCCAAUCUCCACCCUCUCGCACUCCCCCGAUACCACCAUCACCCAAACCCUUGACCUCCUCUUCGAGCCCUCCCCCGCCCUGCACGCACUCACCCUCCCCGUCCUGCGCUCCACCGCUUUCCCCAGCUACGAUGUGCUCAUCACCGCCAUCGGCGCGCAACUCACUGCUCUCAUCUCCACCGAUACGCAGAAGUUGGAUGAGAUAUUAGGCUCCCACCCGCGCCUGGGCGCGAAGAAAGUCGACAGCGAACAGAGUCGGAAAGAGCAGGCGCAAUUGCAGGGUGGAGAGGAGGAGGGGAAAGUAUUGGAGGGUUUGAAUGCGGAGUAUGAAGAGAAGUUUCCGGGGCUGAGAUAUGUGUAA